GCUGGCCCUGCCGGCGCCUCCUGACCCGCUGCUGGGGACAGCGGCCUCCCAGGCAGCUCCGGCUGGGGCAGCUGACCGCCGUCUUUGGAGAUCGGCUCCGGGAAGCAGCCAGGAUCCUCGCUCUCCGGACACCAGGCCCUGGACCCUGCUCCGGACUGGCUGUUGGGUCCAGCCAUGCCGUGGACUUGUCCUGGGCCUCGGGGUGGGUCUCCCCUGGGCUCUGGCAACUUGGUGUCUGGCUCCUGUACUUUGACUCGGACUCGGCCCCUGCCUCCCCGUGGCCUAACCACUAGGCCAGACUGCUCACGCUGCACUGGGCAGGAAGGGAUUUCCCCACUGCUCAGACUGGUGUGCACUGGGGGGGUUGCCUUCCUCUGCAGUGGGGGCACGGCCUGGCCUGGGCUCUCUAUUAACCCGUGCAGCAGUAGGACGUUGGUGCCCGCGGCCCCCCUGUAUCCUGGGGGCAGGGACAGGGGUGAUGCCUGGGGCUGCAUCAGGGUGACGGGAGUUUUACUAAGAGCUUGGGCUUGUCUAGGGUGGUCUGGACAGGCCUGAUCCUGCCUCAUGCAGGGCUUGGACUGGAUGUGACCCCGCAGGUCUCCGUGGCUGUAUGAAUGUGUGAGGCCUGGGGCUGCAGCAUCGCACCCCCGUGCACCUCCCUGUGUCCACGCCAGCUGCAGCUCUCACCCUCGUGCCUGCCGCCGGAGCGUGCCAGCCUGCCUCGCCACGUGCCACAGCACAACCCCUGCGGGAUCCCGACGGAGCAGGGGCAAGUCACUGCGAGACAAGAGAUGAGCCCGUGGGCAAGAAGCGCUUGGAAAACAUGACUUCCCCAGGAUUGCAGGAAGUGCCAGUGUCUCAUCCCUGGGCCAAGCACCGGUCCAGCCAGCCCAGCAUCCUGCCUCCCAUGGCAGCCGGUGGAGCGUGGAUGCUCAAAGAGAACCACCUUGCCCUGGGGCUCCUGUGCGCCGGGGAGACGUCUGCUCCAGCUCCUCCCUCCCUAAGCCAAACCAGGUCACCGUCCCCGGCUAGCAAAGGCUGCCCCGAGACGGGCCCAGCAACAAGCUGCCACCAGCGGUGGCCGGUCCAUCCGAGGGGGUCGGAGUGGGACCAACUGGAGCCGGUCGCAGUGUCCAGUCCGGAGGAGCAGACGCUGGUGCUGGGUAUGGCCGUGUCUCCCCAGAGCUCCCAGAGUAACCGGGCUUGCCGGGGCUGGUCCGGCUCUUCCCACGGGUUACUGGGGAGGGCGAGCAGCCAAGGAUCGGGGCCCGUCUGAGGUCAUGGCUGGAGGUAAAGCCACACGUGGGUAUCGCUGCUGUGAGCUAGUGGCCGCGGGCUGGAGCAUCUCUCCCCGGUGCACCCAGACAUGGGGCAGGCUGGGUCGGACGGGGAGGUCGGACGUACGUCCAGGCCCAUCCGGCUCCGCCCGCGCUGGGAACACUGCAGGCUUCUCCGUGGAGCACCAAGCAGGCAGGUUUCCCCAGCCCCUGGGAGGACGCACGGCCCUCCCAGAGGAAGUAGGUGGAGACCAGGGCUCCCAAGGGCGUCGAGCAGCUGAGCUCCCGCUGGGAAAGCUGGCGAUGCACCUGGUUCCCGGUGUGACUCAGCCGCCUGCUGCCCAGGCAAGUGGUUUGGCAGCGGCACCUGCCGUGGCCUAGGGCUGCUCAACACCCACGCGGCUGCUCCCAAAACAGCCCCUGCAUGGGCCGUGGUGGUGAUGAGGCAGUGGUGGUCUCCGAGCUUCACGCCCCGGGGCCCUGGCUGCAUGGGCGAGCAUGGACAAGCUCUCAGGGAUUCGUUGCUGUCCUGGCCCGACGCCACGUGGCGCCUGGACCAGUGCAGGAUUGCGGGUCCCCCCCGGGCCACGGAUGCCCCGAUGGAGCCACAUGGGCCCUGUGGGAGCCUGGGCCCCUUCAAACCACACGUGGACACGGCUGAGUGCAAGGCUGGAAGCGGAGGCGUUGCGAGAUAUUCGAGCGGGAGGAGGGUUAUGUGGGGGCCGGAGGCAGAGCAGGAGUCAGGGAAGCCGCGGGGCCUUACCGGGACGCAUCUGGCUGCAGCAACCCCGGAGCUGCCGCUCAGCCGCCCCUAGUUGCGCGGCUGCCUAGGACAGUGGUUCUCGCCCUCGGGGGCCCCUUGUUAGGCUCCAGCUCCGCGCUUGCACCAUGGAAAAUAACAGAGCGAGUCUUUGGUUGCAGGGAGGCCAGGUGCUCGUGACACGGGAUCUCUGCUGCGGAUCUCUGGGUUCGUCUGGGAAUCACGUGUCAGCACGUGCGCACGUCACCAGGCCCCCACAUGGCACCCUAAAUGGGAGCCCAUGGCACCCCAGGGUGCUGCGACCCCCUGGUUGGGGCUCACUGGGUUGGGCUGGGCUGGGCAGACCCUCGGUCAUGGAAGCAGGAGCAGCGAGCAGCAGCAGGAGGUGAUUUCAGCUCUGGGCCUGGCACUGGCAUGUCCUGCACUGGAGCACUGGGCCUGGCACUGCUACAUCCUGUAUGGGGACACCAGCCUGGCACUGGCACGUCUUGCACUGGAGCCCUGGACCUAGUUCUGGUGCCCACCUGGGCAGCGCAGCGCAGCGCCAGCAGACACUUGCCAGCGAGAGCCGUGGCGGGCUCAAGCGAGGGGUCGCUGCAGCGCAAGGGCAGAAACCCCCGUACUAAGGAGCUCUGCAACCCGGCAGAGCGAGGGCCAGGCAGGCGCUGACCCCGCCAAGGCAGAGCAGUCGGCGGGGACCUGGCUCCCGAGGGGCGUGGGGGGCUUCUCCGUCCCACGCUGCGCCGCGCUGCAGCCAUGGAGGAUUCUCCCACCAAACACGAGCACGGGGGCCCUGGGCCACGCGUCCAGGUCUGCGGCACGUGGGCAGCCCAAGCCACCCCGCCUGCCCUCCCCGGGCUUUGCUCCUGCUGCAGCCCCGGGCAGCGGGCUGGUCCGGCGGGCCGGGCACUAGGGCCUCGGGCUCCCGCGGGGUAGGGAGGCAGGGGCACAGCCGCCCGGGGUCUCCGCCGUGGGGGUUGCGGAGGAGGCCGCUCAGCUUUGGCAGGGCAGGGUGAGGAGCAGCAGGACCGGCCAAGCCGCCGGCGGGGCCGUGCUGCGCGCGGGGGAGCAGCUCCCGGCACGGGCGGCGAGUCUGUCCCGGGACAGCUCGGACAGGCGCGGGCGCGGGCCGGGGCCGGCGGGGGUCACAGCACGGCACGGGGGGCGCUGCCGUCGGGGCCGGGGUUUGUGCCCCGGGGCGGGGGAGCGGCCGAUGCCCCCGCCGGCACCAGCCCCGCGGGUCGCGCCCCGGCUCGGGCUCGGGCGGGGUGCCCUGCUCGCAGCGGGCGGUCGCACCGCGUGUGCCCCGCAACCGGCACGGCUGCGCUUCCUGGGCGGCGCGGGGGGCGGGCGCCGCCUCCACCCCCGGCCCGGCCCGGCCCGGCUCGGCACGGCACGGCACGGCUCGGCUCGGCACGGCACGGCACAGCACGGCUCGGGUCCUGCGCGGGGAGACGUCGAGAAGGGAGAACCGCCGCCGGGACCGGCCUCUGCAGACGCAGCGGGGCUCAUCCCCCCGGCAGCCAGCGCCCCUCACAAGUCGGCCCCUGCCCCUUCCAGCUGGCCACCCCCGCACCAGCCGGCCAUGGUGCUGCGUGAGUCCCCAUUCCCCAACCGGGUCCUGGGGGGCCUCUACGGCCUGGCCCAGGGCCUGCUGUACCCCAGCUUCUGGGCAGCCAACUGCCUCCUGGACCUCAAGGAGACCACGGUGGAGCGGGAGCAGCACCGGCUCCAGCGCUGCCCCCCCUACGCCCUGCAGGCCACGGCCAAGGGCCUGGCGCUGGUUCUGCUCUUCGUCUUCUCGCUGCCCGUGGCCCUGCUGGGCCUGGUGCUGUGGCUGCCUCUGCAGGCCGCUCGCCGGCCCUUCGCCUACCAGCACACCAUGCCCGCGGAGCCGUGGCAGGGCUGGGAGCUGCCGGGCCGCGACCGGGCCUUCAGCUUCGUCACCGCCAACAUCUGCCUGCUGCCCGAUGGCCUGGCCAAGUUCAGCAACCUGGGGCAGACGCGGCAGCGGGCGGCCAUCCUGGCCAAGAGGCUCACAUCGCCCGCCAGCUCCUACGGGGCCAUGCAUCACAACCCCCAGGUGCCGGGGGCCCACGGCCACAGGGACAAGCCCGAGGGGAGGAUCACGGCAUCCUUGCCCCCGGAGCUGGACUUCCUGUGCCUGCAGGAGGUGUUCGACGGACAGGCAGCUGCCGUGCUGCGCCGGCAGCUGGGCGUCCGCUUCGAACACAUCCUGUACGACGUCGGCGUCUACGGCUUCUACCGCGGCUGCAACUUCAAGGUGCUCAACAGCGGGCUCUUCCUGGCCAGCCGCUACCCGGUGCUGGACGUGCAGUACCACUGCUACCCCAACUCCACCGUCGAGGACGCCCUCGCCGCCAAGGGGAUGCUCUCCGUCCAGGUGCUGCUCGGGAUGACGCAGGGGAAGCGCAUCGUGGGCUACAUAAGCUGCACGCACCUGUUUGCUCCAGCUGACGGGGCGCAGAUCCGGAGCGAGCAGCUGACGCUGGGGCUGCGCUGGAUCCAGCAGUUCCAGGAAAUGCAGGCGCAGCCCGGUGACCUCGUCGCCUUCGACGUCCUCUGCGGGGACCUCAACUUCGACAACUGCUCCAUAGGGGAUAAGGUGGAGCAGACACACGCACUCUUCCACUGGUACCAGGACCCAUGCCGCCUGGAGCCCCAGAAGGACAAGGCCUGGGCCGUCGGCACCCUCCUGAGGUACCUCAAGAUCCACGACGAGGCCGUGUCCAACCCCGAAAAUCUGGAGAGCACGCUGGAGCACCGGGAGGGGCAGCACGAGUACCUGGAGCCGCCCAUCCUGUCCGACGGGCGCCCCGACCCCGCGGCCGAGAAGACGGACUGGCGCGGGCGGCGCAUUGAUUACAUCCUGCACCGUGCGCAGCCUGACCCCGGCCCCGGCCCGCUCAGCCUGCACUCGGAGGUGGAGACGGUCUCCUUCAUCACCUGCCUGGCCGACUGCUCCGACCACAUGGCCCUGGGGCUGCGGCUCUCUGUGUCCCCAGCAUAGCAGUGACCGCAGCGAGCGGCAUGAACCCCGGCGUCCGGCGCAUGGAGGGGGAGCUGCUCCACACUGGCCAGGCCUCCACGGCUCCACGGGCACGCCGGUUGCUGCUGUGACCACCAUGGCCCUGCCAGGCAAAGCGCAGGCCAGGGGAGCCCGGCCCCGAGAGCAGAUGGAGGGCAGAGCCGUCCCCAGCCUAGCACAGCCCAGCCCAGUGUCCUGCCUUGGCGUGUGCUUCCUCACAGCCGUGUGUCCUGGGGAAGUGGCAUGGACCUGUGCAGCGGCCUGAGCCCUGGGGCCGUGAUGCCCACCUGAGCCCAGCCCAGGGCAUCGUGGAAGUGGAGCGGGGGCAGUGCUGGGGACAGGGGCAGGGGCAGGCAGGCCCCAGGGCCCAUCUAGGCUGUGCUGGCUGGGACAGCACCAAGGCAAAGCCCCAGGCAUCGAUCCUGCUUCUGCGCAGUGCACGGCUGGUGCAAAAUAAAGGCCUGGUGUCGUGA